AUGGCGAAUCCUCCACCGAAGCUUCAGGACCCAGGAAAUUUCUCCAUACCGUGCAAAAUUGGUCCUGAACUCAUACCAAGAGCCUUCUACGACUUGGGGGCUAGUGUCAGCUUGCUUCCGUACUCCUUGUGCAAGAAGCUGGGCCUCCAGAACAUAAAAUUGACCACUAUGACACUUCAAUUAGCGGACCAUUCAUGUAGAUAUCCGAUGGGAGUAGUGGAAGACGUGCGAGUUGAAGUGGGUGGGUGUAUAGUUCCCACAGAUUUCAUUAUUUUAGACAUGGAGGAAGACCCUAAGAUAACAAUCAUCCUUGGAAGAACAUUCCUUGCCACAGCCGGAGCCAUCAUCGAUGUAAAAGGUCACAAGCUAUCCUUAGAGAUCGGUAAAAAAAAGAUCGAGUUCGAUUUAUCAGAUUCCUCCAUCUGUAACUCCUCCCCUCAGGGACAUUCUAUCAAGAUCAACAUGCACAAAGUUGAGGAGUGCAAUUCCCAUGAGAAUUCUCCUCCAGCAAACAACAUGAAAUACAUUUGUCCUGCACAAGUGAAACUGAAGGCACAGGCUAGAGCAUUAACCCUAGGUGGGGAGCCAUCCUUCCACGGGUUUAGUCCGCAUUAA